AUGGAAACAAAAUCAUCCCAAACUUCACAUCCGUGGCUUGUUCUACUCAUUUUCGCCACUUUUGCGGUCUCAAUUUUUGCUGUAUACAGCAAUUUUCCUGAAGUCUCGGCAGAUGAGAAGGUUCAUUUGAAAUAUCCCAGGAAUCUGGAAGACGCUAAGCAGCUGGGCAGAGUUCUCUCGAAGUACAAGGAGAACAACUAUUCAGUAGUUCUGUGCGGUGUAAUUGUCGUCUACGUAUUUCUACAGUCCUUCGCUAUCCCUGGAUCUAUUUUUCUAACAAUUCUAUCAGGAUACCUGUUUCCAUUCUAUGUGGCAAUUGUGUUGGUGUGCUCCUGCUCUGCAACUGGAGCCGCCAUCUGCUACACCAUUUCUAAACUUUUUGGACGAUCAUUUGUUUUGCAAAAGUUUCCCGAAAGAAUCGCAAAAUGGCAGGAUGAUCUGAGCAAGCAUCGUGAUGACUUUCUGAACUAUAUGAUUUUCCUUCGAGUAACUCCAAUUGUUCCAAAUUGGCUAAUCAACAUUGCCAGUCCUGUUCUAGAUGUUCCACUGGCUCCAUUCUUCUGGGGAACAUUUCUAGGCGUUGCUCCACCAAGUUUCCUGUAUAUUCAAGCUGGCUCAACACUGGAACAAUUGAGCCAUACCAGUGUAGCAUGGAGUUGGAGUUCUAUCGUUUUACUUACGGGUUCGGCGAUUUUGUCGCUGGCUCCUAUUUUGCUCAAGAAGAAGCUCAAAUCGGAUUAA